AGCCAAAAAGUGUUACCUUUCAAGAUUCAAAUGAAACUUUUUUUUAGCUCUUGAACUCUAUGAUUCAUACACCAUUUUUCUUUAACUUUUCCCUCCUUCUUAAAGCACAUAAAUAUGUUCCAAGUUUUCCAUUCAAAGCAUCUUGACAACUAUGACCACCAUACUGUAUUAGGGACAAUGCUGCAACAAACUCUCAUGUAGUAAACAUACAAAGAAAUUCUUUUUCUUGGAGCUAGCUGCAUGGACUCCAUCUUCUUCCUUGAAGAAGGAGACCGCGCCGUCUUUCUCUUAAAGAUAAUGGAGUCCUUAGGUUGCAAUUACAUAUGCCUUUGGCAAUAUUACCAACCUUCUAACUGUUUUAUGUCCUUGGGUGGAAUCUACAAUGGAGACAGUGAUGUUGCCCAGAGGCUAUUCCAAGAGUAUAGGCAUUCAUGGCUUAUCAUGGACAAUGGCCGCAUUCCAGGACUGGCUUUCAAGAACAAUGUUCCUUAUAUGGAGCUGCAGUUUGCAGAUUUUCAAUCACAUGCAUCCAAUCCAGUUCAACUUCAAUUCUACCAGGAAGCUGGAAUCAAGACAGUUAUCUGUAUGGGGUGUAGCAUUGGAGAAAUUGAGGUUGGAAUGACUUCUAGCCCUCAAGUAAACUUGGAAAUGGGACUGAAAAACUUGUUUGCCGACUAUUUCUCAAGACAAGCAGUAGCACCCGCAGCAGCAGUAGCAACAAGAGGAAUUCCUAAGCAGUUACUGCCAAUUGAUCAAAAUCGGCCAUCAUCAUCUUCAUCAUUCUCAAUCGAUAGCCCAGGCGAAUACUCAUCCCUUCUCUUCAAUGUAGCAAGCAAGUCGCCAUAUGUACCAGAACAGCCGCGAACGGAUACCUUUUCCGAUCAGACAAUUAGACCAAUUCCACCGGUAUCUGCUACCGCCACGCCAUAUCAACAAGCCAUUCAGACAUUAAAUCAAAUACAAGGCAUACAAUUACCGACACUAGAAACCGAAGACGUUGCAUUAACAAGAGCGUAUCUCGCUGUCAUGACAUCGCCCUCUUCUUCUUCCUCCUCUCGCCAAUCCAGAGAAAACUUACCCACACAAAUAGCAACACAAAAAGCCACUGCAUUUACAAGGUUUAGGUCAGGUUUAGGUCCCAAUUUGCCAAUAGCAACAGCCACAACUCGCCGACAAAACAUGUUUAGAAGAUCUAUCAAUUUCUUCAGAAAUUUAAAUAUGAUGAGAUCAAGGCAAGAACAAAUGCAGCCUAACCCGCGUGCCCCUACAAGUACUCAGGUUCAUCACAUGAUUUCAGAGAGACGAAGACGCGAAAAGCUUAACGAUAGCUUUCAACUACUUAGAUCUUUACUCCCACCUGGUACUAAGAAGGACAAAGCAUCAGUACUUGCCAGUACAACAGAAUAUUUAAGUUCAUUAAAAGGUCAAGUGGAAGAACUGAGUAAAAAGAAUGAAAUGUUGGAAGCACAAUUACUUCAACCUCAAAACAAAUCCUCCUUUGAACAGGCAAUUAUUAGCUCCUCCGCUGGUGGAAAUGAAAGGAUAGCUGUUGAAAUAACAAAUGUAGGUGAGUCAACAUCAGAAUCAAGAACAGUGGACUUGCAAAUUUCAGUAACGAGAGAAUGCAGCAUCUUGGAUUUGGUUACUCGUUUGCUGGAAUUCUUGAAAAGAGACAACAAUGUAAACUUAGAGUCAGUAGCAGCAAACACCAGAUCAGUGGUUCAAUCAGAACCUGUAACUCAUAUAAUCUUGAGAGUUAGAAUUGAGGGUAGUGAAUGGGACGAAUCUAGUUUCCAGGAAGGAGUGAAAAGGGUUGUUGAUGACUUGGCAUAGAGGAACUUGUCUUGUCACCUGUUGGUAGGGCCCACAAAAUUCUGACUGGCGGCGCCUCGAAUUAUUGACUAGUUUUCAGAAUUUUGUCAUUCAAUCAUUUACUUUAGAGUCAAAAUAUUCACCAAUUAAUGUUGUGAAAAUUACAAUCAUAUGAUUGUACUAUUUUUUUGGUAGUUUAAUUACCUCGAUGUAAUGUGUAUUCAUAUUGUAAUCGAAUUGAAGACUAGCUCACUUGGUAAAUUUUUUGCCUUCUACAAUUGAGGUGAAAAAUCACGUCAACUACAUAGCAAU